ACGCCUCCUUAAAACAGCACCGUUUCUCCAAGACGCCCGACCCCACGAUGAUGCCCUUCUGCCCCACAGGUCAUCUGCAACAAGGGCAGCCUCGACGCCAUCCCAGACAACCUGCCGGCGACGGUGGAGGAGCUGAAGUUCUCCCGCAACCCGCUCCCCGGCCUCACGUCGGACAUGUUCCGUCGGUGGCGCAAGAUCCAGACGCUCACGCUCGACGACAACGCCAUCAGGGUCAUCAAGCCCUUCGCCUUCAGGGGCCUCGCCAGCCUCCACGAGAUCUCCAUACAAAACAACCCGCUGUCGGAGCUCCCCCAGUUCUCCUUCGCCGGAUUGGAGAACGUUAGCCUCAUCAACCUCUCAAAGAACCGGAUCCAGACGAUACAGCCGUACGUCUUCGCUGGGAGUCGCAACCUCGGCAUCAUCAACUUGAAGGAGAACCCGCUGAUCCGCGUGGAGGCGAGGGCUUUCUCGGGGCUUCGCAACGUGCACUUCAUCUACCUGCCUUUCUGGGUCAAGGUAGGUCGUCUCCAGCACUUCAUCUACCUGCCUUUUCUGGGUCAAGGUAGGUCGUCUCCAGGCCUUUCUGGGUCAGGUCGUCUCCAGCACUUCAUCUACCUGCCUUUCUGGGUCAAGACAAUAAUAAUAAUGAUAAUAAUAAUGAUAAUAACAACAACAAUAAUAACCAUAAUGAGAAUAACACUAAUUUUGCAGGUCAUUGAAUCCGACGCCUUCUACGACAUGGUGGGGGUCGGCCUCUUGUGUCUGCACAGCCUCGACCUCCACGCCCUCAGACCACACACUUUCAGAGGCCUCAGGAACGUCACCCAAAUCUCCAUCAAGGAAUCUGAUUUGGGCGUGAUGCGAGAGGAGGCGUUCAGCGGACUCCAGAACGUGGGCGAGCUGCGGAUUAUCAGCAAUAAGGUGGGUGGGAGUUGGGUCUGUGCGGCUCGUCUUCUUAAGGUGACAUUCUGGGUUGAGCAGUCUGUGUUUGUGUAUUUUUCUCUCUCUCUCAUUUUUUUUAACAUGAAAAAAGGGCAGAGUGAUAUGUAUCGAAAUCUUCCAGGGUUCAAUCUUCAUGUCUCAACCUCUCCCACCAUGCUCUUAUCCCUCCCUUCUGGCUCUGUGUUGCCAUUUCAGGUGGAUGUCCUGGAGUCCCUGGAGAUCCUUCAGGAGUCCAACGUCGACCACGUCACGGGGAACCACUUCCUUCAGGUCACGCGCCAGAGUCCUUUCCGGAUCCAGGCUAAUCUACGCUCUGUUGUGACGGAGAACUUCGUGCCGUGUUCGUGCCAGCUCCGUUGGGUGCUCGACUCCCCGACGGCCCUCCAGGCGCCGCUCUUCUCCCGCCACAACUUCUGCGUGUCCCCUUACACCCUGCACGGGAAGGCCAUUUCCACGGUGGACCUGGAGCAGCUGAGCCCGUGCGCCGCCCCUCAGGAGUACCAGGGCGCCGAGAGCACCGAAGUCGCGUCAGGGUCGUCGUGUCCCUCAGCGUCGCGGCGGCUCUUCGUCGGCGCCCUCGUCAUGCUGGUGCUGGCUGUGUUCGAACUCGGCUGGUGACCCAACCUUCGGCUUCGUUUCUGUCCGUG